AUGCUGCACACUUCUCCCCUACCCCUCAAGACUUCAGCUUCUGAUUUCUGUCUCGCAGCUUUAGCGGUCCAAAAUGUCAACUGGCAGAUGCCCAUGAAUCGAAGAGCACAUCACACAGACAAGUUCUCCAGCCAGGAUUUCAUUGUUCGGAGAGGACAACCUUGGGAGAUGGUAAUAUUCUGCAACCGAAGUCUUCAGUCUGGAGAUGAUCUGAACUUCAUCGUUUCCACAGGUCCCCAGCCCUCAGAGUCAGCCAGGACAAAGGCUGUUUUUUCAGUCUCUGGAGGAAGUAGAAGUGGCUGGAAUGCAACGCUCAAGGCCAACGAAGGCAAUAGUCUGGUCAUUGUGAUCGCCAGCCCCACCAAUGCACCCAUCGGAUGGUACACAAUGAAUGUUGAGAUCUCCUCCAACGGCAGGGUCUCCUCUCAGAAACUCGGAACAUUCAUACUGCUGUUCAACCCAUGGCUGCAAGCGGAUGAUGUUUUCAUGAGUAACAAUGCCGAAAGACAAGAGUAUGUUGAGGAGGACUCUGGCAUCAUCUACGUGGGCAGCACAAAUCGGAUUGGCAUGGUUGGCUGGAACUUUGGACAGUUUGAAGAAGACAUUCUGAACAUCAGCCUCUCCAUUUUGGAUAGGAGUCUGAAUUUCCGUCGUGACCCUGUCACUGAUGUGGCCCGCAGAAAUGACCCUAAAUAUGUUUGCCGGGUGCUGAGUGCCAUGAUCAAUAGUAAUGAUGACAGCGGUGUUCUUUCUGGGAAUUGGAGUGGCAAUUAUGCUGGUGGCCUGGACCCAAGGACCUGGAAUGGCAGUGUAGAGAUCCUCAAGAACUGGAAAAAAUCUGGCUUCAGGCCAGUCCAAUAUGGCCAGUGCUGGGUCUUUGCUGGGACCCUCAACACAGUGCUUCGGUGCUUGGGGGUUCCCUCUCGGGUGAUCACCAACUUCAACUCAGCUCACGACACAGAUCGCAACCUCAGUGUGGAUGUGUACUACGACGCCAUGGGAAAUCCCCUGGAGAAAGGCAGUGACAGCGUAUGGAAUUUCCAUGUCUGGAAUGAAGGCUGGUUUGUGCGGACUGACCUAGGCCCCUCAUAUGGUGGAUGGCAGGUGCUGGAUGCCACCCCCCAGGAGAGAAGCCAAGGUGUGUUCCAGUGUGGUCCUGCUUCGGUGAAUGGCAUCCGAGAAGGUGAUGUAAACCUGAAUUUUGACAUGAUCUUCAUCUUCGCGGAGGUGAAUGCAGACCGCAUCACUUGGAUCUAUAAUAGCAGGAACGGCAGCCAGAAGCAGAAUUCUUUGGACACUCACUCCAUCGGCAAAUACAUCAGCACCAAGGCCGUGGGCAGCAACUCUCGCUUGGAUGUCACAGACAAGUAUAAGUAUCCAGAAGGUUCCAAUGAGGAAAGACGAGUGCAUCAAAAGGCUCUGAGCAAACUUAAGCCUAACGCAUCUAUGGACCCAACAUCUGUGAGAGAUCUGGCAGGGGAGGAAGGGGCACCCAGCAUUUCCGGGAAGUUCAAGGUCACCGGUGUGCUGGCAGUGGGCAAAGAAGUCAGUCUGGCCUUGAUACUCAAAAACCUGACUAGAGACAGGAAGACAGUGACAGUGAACAUGACGGCCUGGACCAUCGUCUACAAUGGCACCCUUGUCCACGAAGUAUGGAAGGACUCUGCCACAAUAUCCUUGGAUCCCGAGGAAGAAAUACAGCAUCCUGUGAAGAUUGCAUAUUCUCAGUACGACAGAUACUUGAAGGCAGACAACAUGAUCCGGAUCACAGCCGUAUGCAAGGUGACAGAUGAGGCUGAGGUGGUGGUGGAGAGGGAUGUCAUCCUAGACAACCCCACCCUGACCCUGGAGGUGCUGGAGCAGGCUCAGGUGCGGAAGCCUCUGAACGUGCAGAUGCUUUUCUCCAACCCUCUGGAUGAGCCAGUGAAGAACUGUGUGCUGAUGGUGGAGGGCAGCGGCCUGCUACGUGGCAACCUCAAAAUCGAUGUGCCAGCCCUGCGCCCCAAGGAGAAGUCCCGGAUCCGAUUUGAGAUUCUCCCCACCCGGAGUGGCAUCAAGCAACUGGUCGCCGACUUUUCCUGCGACAGAUUCCCUGCCAUCAAGGCCAUGCUGUCCAUUGAGGUGGCCGAGUGA